AAGCACGCUCAGGCGAGGUUGUUAAAUCAAUAAGUCAGACGUGAUGGCCGGGAUUCUUGUGUUCCUUCUCUCGGUUUCUCUGUUUCAGGCAACAACAAAUGGCGGUAAGGUAACUGGAUCAGUGUCGGAUGGCAGGAGGUCUGACGACAGCAACGCGAAUGUUGCAGUUGCAGCAGUUGGGGAAAAUUUGGAAAUUCCCGAUGAUUGCAAGGGAAUUGGCAUCUGUGAAGACAUACCCAAUUACCCAGAAGAUAUAGUGAAAAGUUUAAUUGAAGACCUUGAAAAAAGUAAUAUCAGUGUAUUCAACAAAGACGCUUUGAACGUACCUACGGUAUCUAGGAGACUUGAAUCCGGAGAUGACACAGAACUUUGCAGAUCAGUAGAAAAGAUAUACGCUCCACGAGCCGCUCGGGCUACUGAUGGGCAAUGGUUCUACAUUCUUAAUGAAAGGGAACGUCCACGGCAAACGUUUCGAUUAGAAAUAUGCCACACCGAUAACUCGCCUUGCUCAUCAGCGAUAUAUAUUCAAAGUAGCUACGAAGCGCGGUGCGUCCAGAAGUAUAUUAUCCGACAGAUGAUAGGCUUAGACAGCGAAAAAAAGAUCCUUAAGCUUAACAUCCAAGUGCCCAGUUGUUGUUCUUGCGUUAUGAAACACGUGUAAAGAAUAAAAUUAUUCCAUCAUAU